GAGGUUGCCCUAGACUUUUCUGCUGUCCCUCAUUUGGACGGACACAGUUGUUAAAAUUCCAUCGUACUGUUUUACAAUCUGUCAUUUAGAUGUUCUCUCUUUAGUAUUUUGAAGAAAAUAAUGAAAUGUGACCUUAUCAGUGGCGUUCAAUUCCUAAAGGACCCCUGUCCCAACUAAUAUCCUAUAGCAAGAACACUUUCUGAGGUUAUGCAUUUUAAUAGCAUGUAGAAAAAAGACUAACACAACAGCACAGCGUUUACUUGUGUUAUUUUGGAGCACAAUCCUCGUCUUCAAGCAAGCACACAUGAUUGGUGCCAUUUAAGAGUUGGUGCCACCUUUUGCUUAACAUAGACAAUUAGAGUCAUUCCCUCACACCCACACACCCACAACCACCCACAACCACCCUAUCCCACUAUCAACCACCCCACAGACAACAGUUACAUGUGCACCCACUCACACACACUGUUUCACAAACACAAACACACACACCCCCACACACACACACACACACACUAAAAUAGUGGACAUUAGGCUGAGUACAAGAGGCUGAGUACAGAUGAACCAGUUGAGAAAGCGCCAUAAGAGGGGCCGUCUGCACCAGGAGCAGCGAGUCACCCACAGCUACAGGACACCGACGCAGGACCCAGAGGAGGGAUGAGGCAGAGACACCAAACCUCCACCAGGAACCCAUGAGACAGACUCCUGCAGCCAUAGCCGACCACCGCUCCUGGUGCAGAGGGCUCCCCUAGAGGAAACACUGGAGAUCCUAAAAAUGAUAAAAGGAAGCUGAACAAUCAGAUGAGCAGCUCUAUCAAGAAAUAUCAAAGGCUAAUGUCAUCUGCAUAGUUUACUCAGUCAACAACAAGAAGUCCAUUGAAAAGGUGACGAGCCACUGGAUCCCCCUCAUAAACGACCGGACGGAUAAGGAUAGCAGAGUACCACUGAUCCUUGUGGGGAACAAGUCAGACCUGGUUGAGCACAGCAGCAUGGAGACGAUUCUGCCAAUCAUGAAUCAAUACCAGGACAUCGAGACUUGUGUAGAGUGCUCGGCCAAAAAUCUGAAAAACAUCUCUGAGCUGUUCUACUAUGCCCAGAAGGCCGUUCUUCACCCGACCGGACCACUGUACUGCCCCGAGGAGAAGGAGUUGAAACCUUCCUGCAUUAAGGCUUUAACUAGAAUCUUUAAAGUGUCUGACCUGGACAACGACGGGGUCCUCAAUGAUAAUGAGCUCAACUUCUUCCAGAGAACGUGUUUCAACACUCCUCUGGCGCCUCAGGCUUUAGAGGAUGUAAAAAACGUGGUCAGGAGAAACAUGACGGAUGGAGUCAAGGACAAUGGACUCACUCUCAAAGGCUUCCUGUUCCUGCACACACUCUUCAUCCAGCGAGGUCGACAUGAGACCACUUGGACCGUGCUGAGGCGGUUUGGUUAUGAUGAUGACCUGGAGCUCACACAGGAGUAUCUGUUCCCCAUGAUAAAAAUCCCUCCUGACUGCACCACAGAGCUGAACCACAACGCUUACCUCUUUCUCCAGAGUGUCUUUGACAAACACGACAAAGACAGAGAUUGUGCGCUGUCGCCAGAAGAGGUGAAGGACUUGUUCAAAGUGUUUCCCUACAUGCCCUGGGGUCCGGAUGUCAACAACACAGUGUGCACUAACGACCAGGGCUGGAUCACAUACCAGGGAUACCUCUCUCAGUGGACGUUAACAACGUAUCUAGAUGUACAGCGUAGUUUGGAGUAUUUAGGUUACCUCGGUUACUCUAUCAUCUAUGAGCAGGAGUCUCAAGCAGCUGCCAUUACAGUGACGCGUAACAAACGCAUCGAUCUGCAGAAGAAGCAAACACAGCGCAGCGUCUUCCGCUGUAAUGUCUUGGGGGCCCGAGGCAGUGGGAAGAGUGGAUUCCUCCAAGCUUUUCUGGGCAAAAACCUGCAGCGACAGAGGCGGAUUAGAGAGGAUCACAAGUCCUUCUAUGCCAUCAACACGACCUACGUUUACGGCCAGGAGAAAUACCUGCUGCUCCACGAGGUGAUGCCGGACUUUGACUUCCUGUCGGAGGCCGACCUUGCCUGUGACGUGGUCUGCCUGGUGUACGAUGUUAACAACCCUCGCUCUUUUGAGUACUGCGCCAAAGUGUACAAGCAAUACUUCAUUGACAGCAAGACGCCAUGCGUGGUGAUCGCUGCAAAGUCAGACCUGCACGAAGUUCGGCAGCACUACAGCCUCUUGCCGCAGGACUUCUGCCGGAAACACAAGCUCCAUCCACCUCAGCCGUUCACGUGCAACACGGCAGAUGCAGUCAGCAAAGACCUCUACACACGACUCACCACCAUGGCCAUGUACCCCCAUGCCCGUCUCCGCUGCAUGUGUGCCUGCAACAGGUGCACCUAUUGCCUGUGUCAGAACCUCCUCAAGUCGGAGCUGCUGAGAAAUAUUAAGGCUCAACUCCGCAGGGUCGUUUUCAACAGGCUCCUGGGCUGGGUGGAGGCUGCGGGGGGCUGCCUGCUGUCUGAGGAGGGUUUCAGCCUGACACAGCAGGUUUCAGCCGUCUCAGACCUGGAGGGGUCCGUCUUUAUGGAGGCCUCUGCCGAGCCGCUUAAACCCCCGGAAAGGCAUAUGGCUCAGGCAGACCUGAAGAACUCCACCUUCUGGCUGAGAGCGAGCGUCGGUGCCACCGUGUGUGCCGUGCUGGGCUUUGCCAUGUACAGAGCGCUCCUCAAACAGCGGUGAUCCAACAGCAUGAGACCCCCUCAUCCCGGUCCCUCUCCUGGUGUCUCUGCUCACUUUUCUCCUACCUGAAAGACUCAGAAAAAAAAAGACUGACCAAUCAACCAGGGCAGUAUCCUCCACUACAUCCCCUUCCCACAAUUCAACACGGGCAAGAACAAAUGAGCAAGUCCAUGUACAUUUUUACGUUUUAAAAACAAACUGUGGUUUAUUUUUUGUGUUUCUAGUGGUGGUUGACAGGACUAACUCACCUGCAAUGGUCCAAACAGUUUGCAUUUAGGAAAACAGGCAAAUUCAGAAACGAUUCAGGCUCCAAAGUAAUGCCAAAAGUUUCUUUACUCACUUUUUAAUGCCACAUGUUUCAAACAAAAAAAAAAGUAUUUAAAAUACUACUUCUGUUUGUAAAACAGGUGCAAAGGAGAGGAAUGAAUCCUAAAAAUAAUUGCAUCCAAACUCUUGUAUGCUGCUAAAAUUGCACAAAAACAUUGGCAGCAUUUUGGUCCCAAAGUGUUGCAGAAGUUGCCUUGCAAAUUUUGAAUAAUGAAAACAGAAAAUGAGCCAAUAUUAGUUGCCUUGGUCUUCGGCUUUUGUUUCUGUGGUGUGAUAACAGGUAUCGAGAUCAGCUGAAUUGCUGACUUCAAAUUAAAGUUUAUUAUUCUUGUAUCAUCAAAUCUGUAUUCAAAAGCACAUGCAGAAAUCCAGAAAUAAUGCAACAGGGAAAUGUGCUGCAAAUGAAAAGAAACUGAUGCAAUUAAUUAUGCAUCCAAAAAAUACGCAAGUAAAAAUGCAAAUACAGCCAUCAGCUCAAGUGCUCCACUUCACUGCUAAGUCAACCAGUUCUUUUUCUUCCUGAUGUUCAGUGCCACUGAGCGACGCAUACAGGCCUGGAGCAAUUCUUAUAGAAUGCUGCGCUGCAGUUUUCUGUAUUCACUUUUUUGACUUUGCAUCUCGUUUGCAUUUGCAGCAUUCAGGGUCAGUGAAGGGAUGUCAUAUUACAGCUUGUCUUUCUUUGUUUCCCUGGUUGCAUUUGUUCUGAAUUUUGUCUGUUUUGAAUUUCUUUGAAUAAAUCCUGCCACACAUAGAGGGAUUUUUAAAAUCUUAAGCAGUCCUUUUCAGUGAGAGACUCCACACAUGGCAGCAAUUUAUCUCUGAUUUGCUGUUUAAUUUGUACAGUGUGUGGUGUAGAAUGAUCAACACACACUGUACACACUCUUCACAGACUAUCAGAGUCUCGGCCUGGUUUCAACCCUCAAAACAAGGUCAAACGGGACUUUAGAGAGGAGUAGCUACUGUGGUUAGCUGCAAGCUAAGUCUACUGUGGUUACAUUUCAGUCCAACUCCCUCCCUUGUCUGUUCAUCUGUGGUCUCUUCUACAGUAAAGGUAGUUAAACACUCAUUCUAUUGCAACAAAUCAACAUGUAGCUCAUCAAUUUCUAACAUCCAUCUGACUUUAUGCCUCAUUUUAAUUCCUCCUUCAGUCAGUCUUGAUUGGCCGUUGCUCUGUUUAAUGCUCAUGUCUGCUCAGCUGUCCUCGUGCUCACCUCCCACAACAGGAUUUUUGGUUGUAAAUAUUGAAAGUUUAAUAUUUACUAUCUCAGUGCCUCCAAUCAGGUCAGAGAGGGGAAAAAGUUACCCUGAACACACACCACAGGAUAGUCUGGCAAGAUAAUCUUUACUGACUGUGGUUGGAAGGCAGGAUUCAACCUGACAUUUGGCAAGAUUUUUGUGUAGUGUGUUGCCUGUUUAAGGUUUUAAAAUAUUAACUUUACAAAGCUAAAAGAUUAGCCAGAUUCCUCAUGUGUCCUCAUGUGUUCAGGCUCGCAGAGCUUCAAGUGGAUACUCUUUUUCCUGGUCAGAGAAUGACUAUACCAAUCAACGUCAUUUAAGGAGAAACACGCAGUAGCUGCAGGCGUGGUUUAGUUGCACUGCAAGCCUGUAAGGGCAUGGAUUCAACCUCUGUCACAAGUUAAGAGUGUUCUCUGCCAAACCAGCACUCCACUACCCUGAUAAGCCAGAUAGACUGUUUCAUAAUUCCAUUGCAUGGAUAGAUUUCACAUUCAGGGAAGGGCAGGACUUGUCAAAUUAUUCUUAGUCAGUGUUUGAAAGAGCAUUCUGUCUGUCACAUUAUUACAGGCUAAUCAGAGCAACAGCCAAAUGAGAUUGUAUGCAUCUUUAGCUGCUGUAGUGUAUGAACAGGAGAACAUGACACGAGUAAAACUUAUGCCGAAGCCGGUCAGGAGAAAAGCAAAAAUGUAGCUCUUUGCUCUUGUUUUAGUAAAGAAAUGUGGUCUAAUUCUGAUGACGCUUUUACUUUUCUACAGCCACUCCUGAGCUGAUCGCUACAGUAGUAGCAGCUAUUGUAUAUACCGGUUUACAGUACAACUUAACCUCAACCAAAACUACAGAUAUCUACUCUGUCAUGACAAAUUUUCAGUGCUGUUCUUUGCCUUUUAUGUCCUAAAGAUGAAAUAAAACUACUGCUAUACUAGAGCUACAUCUGAGCUAAUUGCUUCACCAUUGCAGCCAUUGCAGCCAUUGCUGUUGGCUUCCAGUACAACUAAAUGCCCAUAGCUACUGCCUCGUUCUCCUCAAACAUCAAUGACAGUCCAGUCUCGUCUUAAGGCCUGGCUCAGAUGAUGUAGAUUGGAGCGUUGUAAGCUGGAUUUACCAGGAGACAGACUGGUGAAUCCAUCAGCUUUGCAAGGUUGGCACUUAGCACUUUAAUCUGGUAUAUACCAUUAAUUGCAGCCAACUUUUUGGAUGCAAAAAUAGGUGUUGAGAUUGUGGGCUAAACAUCGGAUUAUGGUAUUGAUGUAAUUUAGACACUGGGCAGAGGUUAGCUGCUAAAUUUUGAUGAUGGAAAACAAGAAACCCAAUAUUUGGUGCCUUUCACUUAAAUUUUUGCUGCUGUGGAAUCAAAAUUAGUCUAAAUAUCUUUGGAUUCAUACUUCUGUCAUAAUGAAGGUCAAAAUUCUAGUAUUGUGGCAACCCCAUUCCCACACCUCAGCUCUACCUGGACAAAUAAAAGCAAGAAAUUACCCAAUUUUAUGUGCCUAAGACUUGUGUUUUUGCCAUGGUACUGAAUCAGGUAUCAAUAUCAUGUAAAUUUUAGUUCCUGUGUCCUGACACUGUAUUUCUGAAUUUGCUGCCUGCUUUUCUAAGUGAAAUUGUUAAAGCCGUUGCAGGUCGAGCGUCCAUUUCAGCCGCCUUUAUUUAUGUUGUGGGAACGCGUUCAAACAUCACUUCCUCAUGAGUUUAUUGACAUUGAGUGAUCUGUUGGUCUGGUCCAGGGACGUGGCCAGUCACUGAUGUUCCCAGCUGAUCCAGUCCUGUUGUUUUUAUGUUCUCAGGUCAGUAUUAUCAUGAGUUAGAGCACAGAGAAGCAGCCAUAAUCAGACUCACCACAAAGGGACUGGACUCUGUUUAUAGAUGUGUAUAUGCAGUAAAUAGUAUGUACGUAUUCCUCUAGGAUCGGACUCGUAGACGGCGACAUCUACAUGAGGUUUUUACAUCUAACACUAGAAAGGUCAUGGGCGCCAUGCACUUCUUUAUUUUGUGUGUUAAUUUAUUAACCUGUUUCUUUGUUUUCUGCUCUGUUUUGAGUGCACUGCAUGAAACAGAUGGAGGGAUUUACAUUUUUCAUGUAUUUUUGUAUUUAGUAUUCUCAAAGCUUGUCCUGGAGGUGUGUCAUGACUCUGUUUUUAUUUUUCUGGUUCAAAUAGAGCUUCGUCCCUCAUAUUAUUAUAUUUUUAUGAAGUUAGAGGCACCAUAGAGAACAAGAUUAAGCUAUUAACAACAGCCAUUCAGUGCACCUCUCCCACCUUAAACUAUGAAAGUGUUUCUUCUCAUUUUCUCUUUUUUUUCAGCAUUUACAAUAAAAUUAUGUAUGAUCUGGCACGGCCGUGUAUGCGUGGGUGAAACGACAAUUUAACAGCAAAAAGGAGAAUAAACUGGUUUUAAAAGUCUGUAAUAAAAGGCAUUUACACCCACUGA